AUGGCCCGCAGAAGGCAGAAAUCUUGGUUGUCACCAGUGCAGAACCCGACAUCUAAAGUGCGAUGGCGAGCUGCCGGCGCGCGAGAAUGCAGCAAGGACAACGACCACAUCUUUCUCAACGAAGCGAACACUGGUAUUGUGAGGAGGAAGAAGAAGAUCUCUUUAUCAUUUGGCCAGGAUCAACGAUGGAUCGACUUUCCCACUUCCGUCACAUUCGCGGAGCCUUCGAGCGGGACGGAAGCUGUCGCCAGUCGUUCCACGACUCCUGCACGCACGCCUCCAUGCCUCACCAGACGCUCGAAGUCGCCGUCGAAUUACAGCGUUGUGAGCGGUGCCACGUCGCAUUCGAGCCUACCGAUCGAUCCGCUAUUGCAAGAAACCUGCGGAGAUGUCUCAAGUCCGUUCCUCACACCCUAUCCAGUCUCUGAAAUCGAUGCGACUAGCGGCGUGGGUAAAGCGCCAUUACCAGGUCCCGCGUUGGAGACGUGGCCGAUACAGUGGCCGUUCGACAACUACCAGGAGGCGCUUCUCAUGCAGCAUUAUACCGACGAGAUUGCCUUUUGGUUCGAUUGCGUGGAUGGCGCCACCCACUUUGCGCCUGCGCUAUUGAACGCCGUCCUCGCGAUCUCUGCGAAGCAUCUUUCCUUGAGAGGUCAACUAGACGAAUCUGUCAGCCUGCAUUAUAUCGAUGCCUGCUAUCGUGCCCUUCUGCCUGAUAUCUCCACGAAAGCUUUCCAUGGCGAUCACUUAGCCGCUGUCCUAAUUCUCCGCCUUGUCGUGCAGAUGACAGAUCCGCGAGAAGCUGAGCAGGGCGGCAAUGUCUUUCUUGGAAUCGACGUCUUCAUGGCCGCCUGGAAAGCAAAUCCAACGUCUAGCCUCCACGCUGAGCUAUUCAUGAACAUGCUUCGAUUGUACAUCCAUGUCAGCUGGUACAGCAAACGUCCAAUUCCAGAGGCUGAAGCAGACUUCGAAUGGAUGUUCAGCGCACUGGAUAUUCCAGGUGAACAAGCGCGGCUUGAGAGUUGCAGAAUGACCAUGCACGCCGCUCAAGUAGUCAACUUUGCGUACGGCGAUGGACCAAAGACUUGGAAACGAUGGCUCGAACUGAGGCGAUUCUCUGAUGAGUGGAAGUUCAGCAAGCCUAAAUACCUGAACCCGAUCUUUGCGGUCCAUCCCUUGGAAGGCGACCCAUUCCCCAAACGAAUCUUUGCCAAUCCCCUUUAUGCAUUCACUCACCAGAUAUUUUCCCUCUCUCGGAUAUUGCUCCUCACCAACCAGCCUCAAACGUCCCCGCCACCGAAUCUCGGUGCCGUGCCAUGGACUCCGGUGCAGAUCGAGGAAGAGACUCUGAUCCUGGUACGGAAAGUUAUUGGCACGGCCAUCUCCCAUACCGAGGCAGCAUUGACCUUCAUCUCCACGCUGGCCGUGACGUACAGCGGCCACUUGCUCACAGAUAGACUCUGCCAAGAGCAUGCCUAUGCGCUGUUGCAAAGAGCAUGCCGAGAAUGCGCGGGGUUAACGCCAUCUGAAGAGUUUACCCGGUUGCGCCAUGUAUGGGGUUGGGAUUUGGAUGAGGCCAUACCUUACGCGAUGGUCGUUUGA